CUGUCGUUCUUUUGUGAAAAAUAAAUAGCUAGCCUUUGGCGUUGGAGGGAAAAGGCAGAAAUGGAUUAUGGUCUAGCAGCGCUGAAGCUGUUCUGUGUGCAACUCAAAGACGCCCGCGAAACCCCCUCUCAGAACGCAUUGACUCUCGGCGGCAUUCUCUUCCAACGCGCCUGGUUACAGGGAAUUUUGGUCUCCAACGACGGAGAUGGCCGUCUUCUACUCGAUGAUGGCACCGGUGUCAUCCAGAUCUCUCUUUCCGGCGACUUCCGUGUCCGCCGCUGGGAUACAGGGAUGUAUGUGAUGGUAGUUGGUGGGUAUUUUGUUGGUACGGGUGAGAGCCCCAUGAUUAAGGUUCAUAAGAUUGUUGAUCUUUCACCAUUUCCAGAUCGAGAAGCCAUGUGGUAUCUUGAGGUCAUAGAGGCAUAUAAAUUGUUCUACCAGCCCUUGAUUGAAGAAUUCAUGUGAGUUUGUUUGGAUGUUUUUUAGCAUAGAGAAAGACGUAGAUCGCCUUGAUUAUAGUCCAAAAAUUACAAAACUUGUGUGGAUCAAACAUGCAUACCUAGCAGGAGUUUCAUCUAGUAUAGCUGUCUUGUGGUGUUUAAAAUUGCAAUGACAGUAAUCUUAAGUGGAUGUGUUUUAGUUUUAUUUA